AUGCUCUCUUCAAUAUCCUCAUUCUCCCGCUUCGCUCUUGAACACUUCGAAGGUAACGUUGAUGCCCUUAAAGCCUAUGUUAACAAGAAGGAUGGCCUUGUUGUUGUUGAUUUCUUUGCUGAUUGGUGCGGACCAUGCAAGCAAAUCGGCAAGAUCCUCCCAUCCAUUGCCGACAAGUACCCAAAGGUUACAUUCCUUAAGGCUAACGUCGAUGAAUCAGCUGAUCUUGCUGAACAUUUCAAAGUUGAAGUAGUUCCACAAUUCAAGUUCUUCAAGAAGGGUGGCGAAUUCAAGGAAAUCAGAACCAUUGUUGGCGCUGAUGUUGACACUCUUAACAAGUACGUUGAAGAGCUUCAGUAA